CUCCCCCUACUUUCCCCCAUUUCAUUCCCACCGCAUUCAUUUGCAGUCUCCCCCAAAAACCCCUCAUUUUCUCUCUCCGCCGCCAUGGGAAGAGUGAUCCGAGCUCAACGUAAGGGAGCAGGCUCCGUCUUCAAAGCCCACACCCACCACCGCAAAGGUCCCGCCAAGUUCCGAACCCUCGACUUCGGCGAGCGCAAUGGCUACCUCAAGGGUGUAAUCACCGAGGUCAUCCAUGACCCUGGUCGUGGUGCUCCUCUUGCUCGCGUCACUUUCCGACACCCUUUCAGGUACAAGCAUCAGAAAGAGCUCUUCGUUGCUGCUGAGGGUAUGUACACCGGUCAAUUCAUCUAUUGUGGGAAGAAAGCUAAUCUUAUGGUUGGGAAUGUUCUUCCUUUGAGAUCUAUUCCUGAAGGUGCUGUUGUUUGUAAUGUUGAACAUCAUGUUGGUGAUCGUGGUGUUCUUGCUCGUGCUUCUGGUGAUUAUGCUAUUGUUAUCUCUCACAACCCUGAUAAUGAUACUUCUAGGAUCAAGCUCCCAUCUGGUUCCAAGAAGAUUGUCCCAAGUGGUUGCCGUGCUAUGAUUGGUCAGGUUGCUGGUGGAGGUCGUACUGAGAAGCCUCUUCUUAAGGCUGGAAAUGCAUACCACAAGUACAGAGUGAAGAGGAACUGCUGGCCUAAGGUUCGUGGUGUUGCUAUGAAUCCAGUUGAGCAUCCUCACGGAGGAGGUAACCACCAGCACAUUGGUCAUGCCAGUACUGUUCGUAGAGAUGCACCACCAGGGCAGAAGGUUGGUCUUAUUGCCGCCAGGAGGACUGGUCGUCUUCGUGGUCAAGCUGCCGCUAAUCUUUCCAAGAGUGACAAGGCUUAAUUUACUUGGGCAUUUUAUUGUCAUUUUUGAUGUCGUCGUUUUGUUUAUUUAAAGUUUCAAGUACCUAUUUUAAAGAUUGCAGUGCUAAGAAUAUACUGAGUUUUGUUUGCAAUAUUAGGAAUGGUUUUUUUUUUAUCAUGGUGACAUUGGAUCAAUUUCACUGUGCUAGUUCUUUUUUAGCUUUCAUCUGUUGAAUCAGCCUAAGAUUAGUAGAUUAUUUGUAUGAAUUGCCUUGAUGAUAGCCUAAGUUAUA